AUGAACUCGGACGCUUUGUCGCCCCGACACCGCGAAAGCCCAUUGACUCGCAGAAGUCGGGACAUUCCACCACCGACCGCCAACUGUCUCGAAGUGCAAUGGCGCUUCCUACAGCACAAGAACCCCAAGCCUCCGCAAUUCGGAUCUCCUCAACGAAAGACACUGCUCGUCGAUCCAAUAAGUCCGCAGACUCACUCAGCCCGUUCACCCAGGAAGCUCCUCGAUCCAGCGCCGACGCGUGACUCUCCUUCUCGCUUGAUUCACAUGUUCGAAGUACAAGAUGCAGUAGAAGCAGAGGACUCGACCAGCGCGACUGCUACACCGUCAUCAGCGCAACAGAGGAACAUCCCCGGGAGUCCGUGUGCGAGCCGAACCUUGAACGAUCUCAUGGGGGAGACCCAACGACAAGCAAUGCUCGAUCGGAUCCUGGCCGACAUGGAGUAUCUAGCAGUUGAGCCGACGUAUUCACGACUGGGACAGCCCAACGACGACAAAGCCUCCUCCCCUCGAAACCCGCAACGCGCCCGAGCACACAAACCUUCAAUCCUCGAGACCGCGCUCAAGAGCGACUCGGGCGGCGAUGCAGCGCUGGACAAGAAGCGGCGUCAGCGACGCAAAGUCCAGCAGUUCAACCAUGAGGACGACGACCCGCGCAUCUUCUGGCAGCAGACAACCGGCGCCAGGUCCGCUGCGGACGUUCCGGAGCGUCUACUGACAAUGGCUCCGGCCCCUCCUCGACGCAUGAGGUCUGCUCACAUUGUGCUGGGUCGACGCUCACACACCGCGCGCCAGCUCCUGGCGUCGUCCAGCGUAGGCGACAACCACCACCGCAGCCGCACCAACCUGUCGACCUCAACUGAUCCAGCGGCAACCUCCAGCACCAAGCCCGUCCCCUCCAAGUUGUCUCCAAGACGUCGACGACGACACAACUUGCGCGUGCCCGUAGCUGCAUCAUCGAGUACCGGUAGCAACACAGCACCUCCUGCUUCGCCCUCCAAAGCUCACUACGGAGCUUGGUACGUCCCUCAGUCUCAAUGGUGGAAUCUGCACCAACUGGAGCAGCACACCAUCGUCGACAAGCUCCCAGCGUCUGCAGUCCCCGCUACCGACGCAGAGGUCGAACCGCAUUGUCACGGCGCGGGCACGCCGCCUCUGCAGCGCCAGCACAAGCCGCCGCUGCCGCCCGCCGCGCUGAGUCCUUGCACCAACGAGAGCAAUUUGCUCCGGAUCCCGUCCGCGAGCUCGCGCAGCAGCGCGGCGCCGCCGUCUGCACCGGGGCCGCUUGACCUUCAAGUGGCGGGCAUUCCGCAGUCCUACAUCGGCCGCGAGUACCGAGCGUAUGUCAUCAGCACCGGCACGACCAUCCCGCAGUAUCUGCAAUAG